GUUACAAUCGCCGCGUUGAAGUCGACCACAUGUCGGUGGGGAGUUGACAAGCAAAGACAAAAGUGCACGUCUUUCUCCAACCAGGAGUUCAGCACCGGUGAAGCUAUUUUCCGUAGUUAUGACUCUCGGACUUUAGUUACCACAAACCAGAGAGCAUGGGUAUUUCUAGCUUGCAUGAAUUUAUUGAGGCGAGCUGUAAGGAGGCCUGCGUCCCAGUGGAUCUUCUGCAAAUUGCACGAGGAUAUAGCCGGGGAAAUGCGGCAGGGCGCUUUCGCCUUGUGAUUGACGCUGAGAGCUGCCUUGACCGUCUUUAUGGCGGCUUUUACUCUGACUGGGCUUGUGGAGGGGAGUGGAACCGCAUGGUCCACUUCCUGACCAAUUUAACAGAGGCCUGCCGCGGUGCCAACUUGGAGUUGGUCGUGUUUUUCAGUGGCGCUUUGGAAAAAGAGAAAAUGAGAGACUGGGAAAAAGAGCAAACGGAGAAACGAAAGCGUGCCAACUUGGUGCUUAAGCACGUCUUUAAUAAAGCCACACCGCCCCCUAAAGUUUGGUGGCUGCCCCCAGUGUGCCUGCGCCCAUGCCUGCGUAUGGCUUUACGACACAUGGGCGUACAGGUGGCAUGCUCUAUGGACGAUCACCAUCAAGAAGUGAUCGCGUAUUGCCGAGAGAACGACUUUCAGGGUAUCUUGGCCCAAGAUGCAGUCUAUACCAUAUUUGAUCCUCCACGCUACUUUUCUUCUGAGCACUUGAAGCUGACCUACAAAGGGACAUUAGAGACACGAGAAUAUUUUGUAAAUGCUGUGGCAAAAGCGCUGGAUCUCAAUCCAACAAGGUUCUGUGUAUUUGCUGCUCUGCUAGGUGAUCACAUUCUUCCUGAGGAUGAUCUACGUCCAUUUUUUCGAGAAUUACUAACAGUAAAUGAGCCAGGUGUAGUAAAGGCACAGCCAACCAAACAGCUGAUUCUAGAAGUAGCAUCAUUUGUCCGCGAGCUUGUUUCCAUUGAUGAUCUAGAUGCCAUUGGAAGAAUUAUAUUUAGAAAUUGCCCAGAAGCAAUAGAAGAAAAGAUUGGCCGCUUUAAACAAUCUGUACAGUAUUACCUUAAUGGAACAGAAGAUGGUUUCCUUAAAUACAGACCCAAACUUCAAGGGUUGACGUCAGGCCAGCCUGGUAGAUACCCCAAACAGCAGGCCAGUGGAGACAUAGGGCAGGAGACAGGGAAACAAGAACAGAAACCUGAUACGGUGAUCCAACAGGAGUCUGAGGCUUCUGCUGAGACUGGAAACACUGCACAGAAAACGGAAGAACUGGACAUAGAAGCCGACAGCAUUUACACACAAGCGCCCUCAGGUUACGGUGCUGAGGCCACGGCAAGCGCCGACCUUCCCACACCGCAGAUUGUUAUAGAACCUCCUGUUCUGAACAGCAUGGAACCUCCCGCAGAGGAAGAGAGGAAAGAAACCGGAGAUCUGGCCGCCAGGAUGGAAGCCAUGACACUUGAGAAGACAGACGAUAGCGAGCCUGACCGUGAGACGCAGGAGAUAAAUGGAAGUGCUGGACAAGGAGACACCUCACACCUUCAGCUGCAGCGAGGAGACAGGCCUGAAGCACUGCUCUCGUCUUCCAGUAGCAGCAGCAGCGGCAGCAGUCCACACCACUUCAGUGCUGAGGUAACAUGGGGUGCCAACCUGGCCGCCUCCGCUAAUGCCGCUAUCCCUGUAAAACCUCCUGCGAUGAGAAGUGGCAUGCGACGCCAAGGUUGCGACCAUCUUCCUCCCGUCUCCCCAGAGAUCAUGCGCGUCGUCAGUGAGCGUCACCAGAAGGGCCUGAUGAUGCCAUGGAUAUACCAGUGCCUGGCCCAGGGUGAAAUCAAAAUUUCUGUGUCACUGGAGGAUGAAAACGGGCGCGAGUUCCUGCCUGUGGUCCAACUCUAUCGUCCAAUCAGGCAAUAUGUGUACGCCAUCUUGUUUAACUUGAGUAAACUCCGAAGGGAUAAAAAAUCACAAUCAGGUUCUCCUGUACCAGAAGCAGUGAUCAAAGAGAGGAGUUAUACCAAGGAGGGGCCCCAGUGCGAAGACGUACAGGCCAUCACCAUGGAUUGGAUGGUGCCGACCAUCCAUCGUCUGUGGCUAGGGCAGCAGAUAGAGGAUAAAAAUCGUCGACUCCGUGCUUUUCUCACGUGCAUGCGCAGUGACUCCCCGGUGAUGCUCAAUACUUCCUACGUUCCUCAGCACUUGUUGAUUAUGUGCUGCAUACUCAGAUACCUGAUGUCACAGGAGAAACAUCGAGUCCUACGCAGACAAGAGCUUGAUGCGUUCUUGGCCCAGGCCGUCUCUCCUUUACUGCAAGACAUCCAAACAAUGCAAGACAUGAAGCUUCCAAUGUUAACCACGCGAGGCGUACAACUAGGUGCUCUUUUCAUGAGGGGUGUAGAAUGUGCCAUUUUUGCCAACGACGCCUGCGGUGCCCCCGUACCCUGGACCAUGACCUGCCCCUGGCUGUACUUCGAUGGCAAACUGUUCCACUAUAAGCUGCUCAAGGCCAACAAUAACACUCCACUCGUUGAUAUUUGUGAUGGCUCUGUGGAACAGGUGAUGAGGGUGGAAAGGAUGCGACAGGCAAUCCUCCAUGGGUUAACAGUGGACUUUGCCAAGCCAGCUCUACCUCUGCCCCCAGUCUCUCUGGAGCCGUCAUAUUUACCAUAUCGUCCCGCGGGGAUGCCCGUACCUCCUCCCAUGGGGCACAACAUGCGACCACAGCCGACUCCACCGCACCAAGGUAUGAUGGGAAUGCACCCUACGCCUGACGGACGUGGGAGGGGCCUGCUGGGCCCCAGUCCUAUAGACCCCAGGGGUGGCCAGCUGUCUAUAGCGGGGGUGGUGGUUGGGCAGUGGGGGCCACAGCCCCGGGGGAGGGGCACACAUAUCAACCAACUGGGACCAGUGCCUCCCAGAAGGUAUGGACCCGGCGGUGGGAUGCCAGGCAUGCACAGCGGAAUGCGUGGGCGAGGCACGCACUUUGCGCAAGGGCCAGGGAGAAUGCAGCAUGGAAGAGGUGUCAGUACAGCAAAGCCCAAAAGAGGGCGCUCAGGCAUGGCUGUUCCAUUGUCGCAGCAGACAAAGAUGGAGGGAGGUGGGCGAGGCAGAGGUUGCACGGUGGAGGUGCCAUCAGACUCGCUUGGUGCCAUGCCUGUCAGUGAAUUCAUGAAGGUGGAUUUCCACAAGGAGGCAGCACAAAAUGAGGCAGACGUAGAAAAAGUUGCUGCAGCAGAUGCUGAAGAGGGCAUUGUCGAGGGACAGUUCCAAAAUGCAGCAGACGACAGCAUAGAACAGGACGAGGACAGUGCAAUACAGGUCAAAGGUCAGGGCAUGUUGAGUCCAGACAGCGGGAUACAGGAGUCCAGUGACCUUCAGACUGAUCUCGGUGCCCUCUAGUGGUAGUAUUUUCAGUAAUGCCACAUUGGGAUGGGGAGUUAGAUAUGUGACAUUAACGCCAUCUUGAGGACAAUUUUGCAAUUUUACAUGAAUGCCACCUGCAGCAUUUGAAAAUUUAUAUGUAGGCCAUCUGAAGGUACUUGUAGAUACUGGCGGUAGUGAGUUUCCCCCACCAAGCAAAACAUCCAGGUUGGAUUUUGAAAUUAAAUGUGGGAAGUUGAUCUGAUGGACACAAAUUGUUUGUUGGAUAUGAUGAAGGGGAUGCGACUUUCUUCUUUCUCAAACUGAAGGGCAGUUAAAGAAUGUUUACACUUUUUUCUGUCAGUCAUUGACUGAAUUCAAUAUUGCUUGAGAAUUAAUUGACAUAUUCACACUGAAUUUUAAGUUUUGAAUUGCAGUUAUUUGGCAAGAAUGAAAAUUAACUUUUUCAAGUUGGAAAAAGCAUCAGACUUGACAAAAUGAAUGGAGUAAUAAAGUAGACUAAAAUUCACGUGUCCUUCGAAUAAUUUCACGUCCAGUGUUAAGGGGAAAAAAACAGCAGCUUGCAUUAAAACCGACUUGAUCAAAAUCUGUUUAUUAAGUCUGGAUAUGGUUACCCCAAAAAGUUGGGUGGAAAUUACCUAGUUAUUUCAUAAUUUUUGCUACUUUAUUAUUUUUUCUAAUAUAUGAUGAUGUAAUUUUCAGUGUUAAAGUUGAUGUUUGUACUCUUCAUGACUUUGUGUAGAAGCUUAAUAUGUUUUAUUACAUAGUAGCAUUAAACUCUUGUUACUGACCAGAAUUAUUUCGGUUCUCUUGGUCAAAUUUGAAGUUGAUAUAGCUGACAACUUUAAACAAUGGAAUUAAUUCAUUUGUUAAUGUCAGACAAUUUCAUAUUUAUAAUGUCUACGUGCAUGUUUAAACAAACCUAUAAAUCAAAUUUGUAUUUCCUAUUGGUAUUGCUUGUUAUCCUAAAACUAAGGUGAGCUUCAUUUGAUAUACGUACACAGUUUAAAACACAUCCGUCAGUGCAUGUGAGGGAAUAUUGCUAAAGAGAAAUGAUGAGUAAGAGUUGGCACUUGUUUGUGUUGAACAAUAAACUUUUUUUGUAUAA